AUGUGUAACAGUCAAUUCUGGUCCGCAAGUGCUGAUUUUUCAUUGGUGUGCGAAUUGGCUCAGUAUUUGCCUAAUUGCCUAUUUUCGAUUGUCUGUUCAGGCACGCCUUCAGCUCCAACAGAUUUGCAAGUGCGCAAAGUAACGAAGAGCGGUGUGAAAUUGUCCUGGACUGCGCCAACUGACAACGGAGGCACUCCCAUCACAGGAUAUGUGGUCCGCUUCUGGCCACCUGAUAACGGCGCAUCCGUGGAGUUUCCAUCACCGACAACAGAUGUGGAAGCAUUUGUUGUCGCCGAUAAGCUAAUGGGAGCAUCAUCCGGGCAAUUUGACGUGGCAGCCAUAAACACCAAGGGAGUCGGCCAGUCGUCGGAACGCGCGGACACGACAAGUCUUCAAGAAGAGAGUGCGCCACCAAGACUAUUUCAAUCGAGCGAUGCUGCGUACCCACGUAGCGAAGGUGUUGCUGGCCCCGAGUCCAUUGAAUAUCAGGUUGGUUUCUCACCGACACCAAAUGUGACUCUGACGUUUGUCGUCUGUUAA